UAAAAUAUAUAUACUUACACAUCUGUGAAAUAGUUAGUUAUAUAAUGGUGGAUUUGUAGUAUUUCGUUUAUCGUUUUCGGACUUUAAAACGUGCUAUUAGAAAUAUAUGACAAUGUCUUUCAGUAAAAUAAUUGUGCGCUCAUUUUCCAGUAGUACUGCUGUCCAACAAUUGGUUAAGCCUCCGAUUCAAGUAUUUGGCAUAGGAGGACGAUAUGCUACAGCACUUUAUUCAGCAGGUUCAAAACAAAAAACAUUAAAUAAUAUUGAAAAAGAUCUUCUUAAAUUUCAAGAUCUCAUGAAGCAAGAUAAAAAAUUGAAUGAAUUUGUGAAAAAUCCAGCAAUAAAAAGAAAAGAGAAAGUAGAAGGACUUAAAGCAAUUGGAGGAAAAAUUAGUCUGAAAAGUGAAACAAUAAAUCUAUUAGCUUUAUUAGCAGAAAAUGGUCGACUUUCACAAAUUAACACUGUAAUUAAUACAUUUAAAUUAUUAAUGGCUGCUACUAGAGGUGAAGUUCCUUGUGAACUAAUAACUGCAAAACCACUUGAUGCGGAAAUGACAUCUAAGCUUCAAGCAGCUUUGAAAGGAUUUUUAAGUAAAGGUCAAUCUAUUAUGCUUACUGCAAAAGUUGAUCCUUCCAUUAUGGGAGGUAUGAUUAUAUCAAUAGGUGAUAAAUAUAUAGAUAUGAGUGUUGCUAGUAAAAUAAAAAAAUAUUCUGAUAUUAUUGCUGAAACACUGUGAUUACUUUUUAUAACAUUCAGUAAAAUGAGCAAAAGUACUCAUAUAGAGUAAUUUAUGAAUAAUGUGUAUGUCAUUAAACAAUAAAUUAUUCCAUAUAUAUUUAUUCCUAUUAGAAAG